CGCACGAUACAAACGAAAAAAAAACUCUACUUACCUUAGACUGCCCGUACUCUAUCUUUAGACCGUGAAUUACAGACUCUCACACACAGCCGAAGAAAAGCAUCACAGCUGACCACACGGGCAACAUCGUUUUCAGGCUGAUUUUCAGGAGGAAAAAGCCCAGAAUCCAGGCUUGAUUGGAAGGCCUGUUGUAUCAGCGCAUAUCACAAAGAAAGCACACUACCGAUUUGCCGCAUGCAAAGAGCCGAAGACAGGGAAGUUGACGACAAGGACGAUCGCGGCGGAGGAAGACCCGGUUUGCUUACCUCCACCUCGACCAUCUUCAACACAAUCACACCCACACAACAUCCUCCCUCGAAACGGAAGCGAGAAGGCACUCAUCACGAAGAAGGUGACGAGGGCGAGGACGAGCAAGAAGAGGAUCAAGAGGAAAGGGGUUUGCACGAAGAGAUAAUGCCACCGUACAAAAGCAAGGUCAGAGUUCUCGAGGAGUAUCAUAUCAUUGGGUUUAUAUCUAGUGGUACUUAUGGUAGAGUCUACAAAGCCAGAAGCAAAUUGCCUGGGAAUACUAAAGAAUAUGCCAUCAAAAAAUUCAAACCGGACAAGGAAGGUGAAAUCAUUCAAUACACUGGGAUAUCACAAUCGGCAUGCAGAGAAAUGGCUCUCUGUAGCGAGCUAAGCCACGAGAAUGUAAUUCAUCUCCAUGAAAUCAUCCUUGAAGACAAGUGCAUAUAUAUGGUGUUCGAGUAUGCCGAGCAUGAUUUACUACAAAUCGUACACUAUCAUUCUCACCCAGAACGACGCCCGAUACCCGAAGCAACCAUUAAGUCUGUUCUCUGGCAACUGCUCAAUGGCGUAUCCUAUCUACACCAGAAUUGGGUUCUACACCGUGACCUCAAGCCUGCAAACAUCAUGGUCACAGCUGCUGGCGAAGUCAAGAUUGGAGACUUGGGGUUGGCCAGGUUAUUCUGGAAACCCCUUCAGAGCUUGUAUGCGGGUGAUAAGGUGGUGGUAACUAUUUGGUACCGGGCGCCCGAGCUGCUUCUUGGAAGUAAACACUACACAGCAGCGAUUGAUCUCUGGGCUGUCGGGUGUAUUUUCGCCGAGCUCCUGGCUUUGAGACCGAUAUUCAAAGGGGAAGAGGCUAAGAUGGAAAAGAAGAGUACCGUGCCGUUCCAGCGGAACCAGAUGCAAAAGAUAAUUGAAAUUCUCGGGACCCCUAACAAGGAACGAUGGCCCGCUGUCGUCCAGCAGCCAGAAUAUAACCAACUUCAAGCUUUCAAGCAAUACACGAACAACCUUGAAGCCUGGUAUCACCAAAUCGGGGCUACCAAUGCCCUAGGGUUUCAACUUUUAUCCGGUCUAUUAAAUUACGACCCCACGCAACGACUCACGGCACAAAGUGCUCUCGAGCACCCAUAUUUUAGUGAAGGAGCGAAGUUAACCUUGAAUGCAUUUGAGGGCCAAAGUUUUGAUUAUCCUCACCGGAGAGUAAGUCAAGACGAUAACGAUAUUUCCUUACCUGGAACCAAAAGGAGCGGGCUUCCCGACGAUUCGUUGGGAGGCUCAAGGGCAAAGAGGUUAAAGGAAGGCUAGUUGUCAACCCAGAAAACCCAGAUGCGUGCUCUUGGAAUGUUGAAUUGAAGGGUUUGUCCCGGCGUUUUUGUAGUUUAGCAUUUGAUGUAAUUAUAUUCGUUUAAAAUCAUGUCGGGGAUGCCGGGGUUGACCCUACCGCAACAGUUGAGUUGAAGCAACUCGACUGUGCCGUCACUGUACUCGAGCAUGGAUAUAUUAUGGAACACGGAAGCAUCCAAU